AUGGGCUGCGCUUCGUCCGCUGAGGAGCGCGCCGCCCUCGCGCGAAGCAAGCAGAUCGAGAAGAACCUGAAAGAGGAUGGCCUUCAAGCCGCCAAGGACAUUAAGCUGCUGCUCCUAGGUGCUGGUGAAUCUGGAAAAAGUACGAUAGUUAAACAAAUGAAAAUUAUUCACGAGAGCGGCUUCACAAAUGAGGACUUCAAACAAUACCGGCCGGUGGUUUAUAGCAACACAAUCCAGUCACUGGUCGCCAUACUGCGCGCCAUGCCUAACCUGGGCAUCACCUAUGGGAACAAGGAUCGUGAGAGUGACGGAAAGAUGGUGUUCGACGUCAUCCAGCGAAUGGAGGACACGGAGCCGUUCAGUGAGGAACUGCUGGCUGCCAUGAAGAGGCUCUGGGCUGAUGCCGGUGUCCAGGAGUGCUUCGGGCGUUCUAACGAGUAUCAACUCAACGAUUCAGCUAAAUAG